CCGGGGCCGCACCGGGCCCGAACCGGGGCCGGGCCCGAACCGGAGCCUUCUGGGGCCGGGCUGGGCCGAACCGGGGUCGCUACGGGGCCGGGGGGUGACCCUGGCACCUGCAGGUACCGUGAGACCACCGGGGGGGCGCGACCGAGGCGGCUGCGGGGGCUCCGCUGCCGCUGCACCGGGCCCGGGGCCUGCACCGGCGCGCCCGGAGCCGAGCCCUCCGUGAGGGUACGGCCGGGGAGUCCCCGGGGUGGGGAGCGCAGCGUAGCCCGGCCGCACCGGGAGCUCCCAGUGGACUCCCGGUAAUCCCCCGGUAACCCCCCGGUAACGCCCGGUAAAGCCCGGUAAGCCCCGUCCGCAGCCGGCCAUGGCGGGACGCGGCCCCGUGCACAGCCUGAGCAGCCUGCAGAAAACCGCCGUGCUCCUGGGCGUCCCGGCCGCGGCCACCGUGCUCUACAUCCUGUACCGGCGCUACCGGGAGAGCCGAGAGGCGCAGGUGACGCUGGUGGCAGACGAGGGGCUGGAGGUGGCGCUCAGGGUGCCCCGCACGGCCCUGAAAUCGCUGAUCGGCCGCCGGGGAGCCACCAUCAACCAGCUGAGGCAGGAGACGGGAGCGCAGAUCGAGGUGGAGGAGGAGGACGAGGAGGAGGAGGAAGGGGGGCAGUCCCUGGUGCAGAUCUCGGGCUCCCCGGGCCAGGUGUGCCGGGCCAGGGCGGCCGUGCUGCGGAUCGUGACCGACAGCGCCCCCGUGGCCGAGCAGCUGCGCGUGCCCCAGCGGGCCGUGGGCAGGAUCAUCGGCCGCGGCGGGGAGACGGUCCGGGCCAUCUGCCGGAGCUCGGGGGCUCGCGUGGAGUGCGGCAGCCACGAGCCCGAGGCCAGCCUGGCCCCGCUGCGCACCAUCCGCCUGCUGGGGACGCGCAGAGAGGUGGAGGCGGCCAAGAAGCUGAUCAUGGAGAAGCUGUCGGAGGACAAGGCGUUCCGCCGGGAGCUGGCGCAGGCGGCGGCCGCGCGGUGCCCGCGGAAGCAGCCCCUGGGCAGCCGCCGGGAGCCGCCGGUGCCGCCCGCCGGUGCCCCCGGGUCAUGGCAGGAGUGCUGGGAUGCCGAAUGGGGAACGGCGGCCGGCACGGGAACGGCGGCGGGGAGCGACGGCAUGGAGCAGGAGGCGGAGAUGGGGAGUGAGGAGCGCGGGGAUGCCGGAGAGGAGCCCCGGAAGCCGGGAGAGGAGCCCCGGGAUGCGGGAGAGGAGCCGCCCGUGGCCAAGUUCGAGGUGCCCAGCCCUGAUUUCAGUUUCCCUGCUGACGAGCACCUGGACGUUUACGUGUCGGCGGCCGAGAGCCCCGGGCACUUCUGGAUCCAACUGCUGGGCACACGGAGCCUGCAGCUGGACAAACUGACCGCUGAGAUGGGCCACUUCUACCAGAGCAGCCCCUGCCGUGAGUCCCCUGUGCCGCCCCCGUCCGUCCGUCCCGGUGACAUCGUGGCCGCCCCGUACCUGGACGAUGGCGAGUGGUACCGGGCGCGCGUGCUGGGGACGCUGGACAACGGCCACCUGGACCUGUACUACGUGGACUUUGGGGACAACGGCCAGGCGCCCCCCGAGGCUCUGCGGCCCCUCAGGAGCGACUUCCUGAGCCUGCCCUUCCAGGCCAUCGAGUGCAGCCUGGCCGGGAUUGUCCCCAACGGUGAGCGGGGGGACAGCUCUGAGUUCGAUCGCCUCACGGGCUGCGCGCAGUGGGCGCCCUUGGUGGCUCGGAUCUGCAGCUACGGCCCCGCCGGGCCCCGCCUGCGCCUCUUCACAGCCUGCCGGGGACAGAGCCUGGACGUGGGAGCGGAGCUGGUGCGUUUGGGCUACGCCGUGCCCGGGCCCCCCGAGGAGCCCCCGGACAAUCUCGGCUGUGCCUCCAUCCCGAGCCCGGCGGAGCCCGGGGACAGCCCCGGGGACAGGCCCGGGACCCCGUCCUGCCUCAGCCUGCCCGCCGCCGCCGCUGCCGUGCCCGGGGACGCCGUCACGGUGACCUGAAGCUACCGGGAGCCGCUCCCGGUGACCCCAUCCCGGUAACCGGAGCAGCUCCCGGUGCCACCACCGAGUGCAAUGCCCUCUCCAGAGCCCUCCGGGAGGCCGCACCGACAAAUCGCGGGGAUCUCCGCUUGUGC